CAGGUCCAAGCUGUCGACCUGACGUUUACUGGUUGCUGUUUUGAUUUGGAUUCCUUCAUGGCAGAUUGUCAUUGUGGUGUGUGAGCCGAGCCAUUAGCUGUUGUUGAUAAUAUGAUCACCCUUUUUAACAAGUUACACUCCCGAUGGUUGAGUUUCACCUUCAGACAUCCGCGGACAGCAGCUACGGCGGCUCCCAAGGUUAACCUGUCCACAGCCCCUCCAGAACCUGUCAUUCCAUCUAAGAAGCCCAUAAAAGUGGAGCUUGUUGGAGGAAAACGCUACUCAUGGUGCACCUGUGGAUACAGUCGGAAACAGCCGUUCUGCGAUGGAACCCACAAAACCAGAGCACAGGGAAUGAAGGGGCUUCGCUUUGUACCGGAGAAAGACUCCACGGUGUGGCUGUGUGGAUGCAAGCACACCAACAACCCACCUUACUGCGACGGCACACACAAACAGGACUUCAUCGUGUCUGCUCCGCUGCAUGAAUACACAGACUGAUGAAGGUGAAGAACCCCGAGGACAAAGAUGUCUCUGAACUGAGUUAGUGGGAGAAACAUUUCAGAGAAAACAGCACCGGGGCAGCUGUUUCUUUUUUUAAAUCAGUGGGACACGUUGCCAGUAAACUAAAUGGCGAUCUAGGUUUCCACUCUUAACUUUGAAAAUGAGUGAUCUUACAGAAAUAAAAUUAUUAUUGUUCUUGAA